GAAAGACUUAACCUCGCCCGUUCAUCAUUUUCAGGUCCAACUCCAACCAAGCUUCUUCAGCUAACCAAUUAAUAUUGUUGGCACUCUUGGGAGUCCCCGUCUCAACAGCAAAUAUCACUUCUGAUUCAGAUCUUACAUCACAAAUGGAAGAGUUGUAUUUGCCAGGCUGCAACAUCACUGAGUUCCCAGAGUUCAUAAAAUACCGAAGGAAUGUAGCCUCUAUAGACCUUUCAAACAACAAAAUCAAAGGACAAGUACCAGACUGGUUGUGGACACUUCCAAAGUUGUCUGAUGUGAAUCUUUCUAACAACUCUCUCACCGGUUACAACGGAUCAUUCAAAGCUUAUCAUGGGAGUCAAAUCCUUAGUGUGGAUCUAAGGUCAAAUUGUUUUCAAGGACCGGUCUUCAUCCCGACCAAGUCUAUUCUAUAUUUCCUUGGUUCUAAGAAUAACUUCACCGGAGAGAUACCUCGAUCGUUAUGUGAACUACGCUCUUUGUACGUCCUUGAUCUAUCAGACAAUAACCUCCACGGGUCAGUUCCUUGGUGUUUAGAGACUCAGAUGAGUUAUCUUUUUGAUCUAAACCUGUUUCCUUUCCAUUUGAAUUCAUUGCAAAAGCUUCAAGUUCUUGUCCUCAGCUCUAACAAGUUUCACGGUACGUUACAUAAUGCUGAUGGGGCUUUCUUUGGAUUUCCUGACUUGAAGAUCAUUGAUGUAUCACAUAAUGACUUCCUCGGUACAUUGCCUUCCGACUUCUUCGUAAACUGGACUGUGAUGUCCUCCGAGAGAGAUUAUAAUAUGGAACCAGAGUACAUUAGGAACACUCGUACAUACCGUUACUACACUUCACUUAUCUUGACGAGUAAAGGAGUGUCAAUGGAGAUGGAUCAAGUCCUUACAAUCUACACGUCCAUUGAUUUUUCGGGAAACAAACUCCAUGGCCAAAUUCCUGAUUCUAUUGGUCUGUUGAAGGAGCUUCGUAAUCUCAACAUGUCAAUCAAUUCGUUCACUAGCCACAUACCAUAUUCUUUGGCAAACCUGACAAAUCUCGAGUCACUAGACCUGUCACAAAACAAGAUUUCUGGUGAGAUUCCUACUCAGCUUGGGGCUCUCUCUUCUCUUGAGUGGAUAAACGUUUCACAUAACCAGCUUGUAGGUUCUAUACCACAAGGCACACAGUUUCAGCGACAAAACUGCUCAUCAUACGAGGGAAACCCCGGACUUAAUGGUCACUCCCUUAAGGAUGUUUGUGGAGAUAUCAAAGCGACUACACCACCACAACCCGAACAAGAAGAACAAGAAGAACAAGAAGAAGAAAAACCAUUGAGUUGGAUAGCAGUAUGUUUAGGCAUUGCACUUGGAGUUGUAUUUGGAUUAGCGACGGGAUACAUAGUGGCUUCGUACAAGAAUCAGUGGUUUAUGAACACUUUUGGGCCAAAGCAAGCAAGAGGGCACCAGAACGUGCUCCAACCGGUGUUUAAGAAAUGACGGCCAGGCGUACCUCUCUUCAAUGAAAUUGCUGUAUAAAUUUCAUAAAUAUUAUGUUGUAUUUCAUGAGGAAAACACAUACGUGCGGUGUGAUGAAUCAAGUUUUAUGUAUUACUAGAAGAUGAAUGUGUGGGUAUAUUGAAAACAUAUUUUUCUUAGAAGAAAUGAAAUUAAUUGUUUAGUAAA